AUGAUAGUCAGAAGAGAUCGUGUACAUCAUUAAGGUAAAACAAAUCGAGAUUUUAAGUAUUAUGUUACAUAUCGUCUAAGGAUGUUAGAUUAAUAAAAAAAUACUUCAAAUAAUCAAAAUAGUUCUUUAGAUGGUGAUAGAAUGACUAGAUUAUCUAUUCCAAAAAAUAAGAAGUUUUCUGAAAUUUUAGAUGAAAAAUCUAAAAGGAUUAUGUAAUGUAAAGAUCCAUUAGAGGAAACAAAAAAAUCUGCUUAGAAAUUUCAUCAACAUCAUUUAAUAGGUUAUCCUAGGUAUGAUAGUAUUUAAUAUUUAAAAUUAGAUUUUCAUAAUUAGAGGAGAAGGAAUUAAUGAAAAGAGUUUUUUGUGGUGAUUCUAAUACUCUUUUCUUUGAUGAAGAACACAGAUAGAGUUUAGAAAGUCCAGUUGAUACAAAAUGUAUAAUUAUAUAAUACUAAUCUAUUAGAAGAAUAAAAGGAAAAAUUAGCAUAGCAGAAGAAAGAAGAAAAUACAACAGGAAUUUAAGAAACCUAAUUGGUAGGUUUAGAAAAUAAGAAUACAUUAGAAGGAAAAGUAGACAUAGAAAAGGUUAGAGAUAUUCGAAGGGCUAUAAGAAGAAGAUAUGCAAAUAGAAAAAACUUUUAAAAAAUAUUUAAUUUAUGGGAUGAAGAUUCAAAUGGUGCAGUUAGUGUGAAGAAUCUUUAUAAUAUGAUUUAGAGAUUAGGCAUUAAUAUUAAUAUAGAUGAAGCAAGAGUUUUAUUAGCAAGUGCAGAUAUGGAUGGUUCUAAUGAUUUAGGAUUAGAUGAAUUUCUAGAUCUUAUAUUUAAUGAUAAAGAUGCACUUAAUGUAAAUUUAAAAGCAUUACCAGCAUUAACUGAAGAUGAAAAGGAUUCUUUAAUUAAAAAUUAAGAAACUAUAGAUUUCCUUAGAAAAGAUGCUUUAUAAGCUAGAGAUAGAAGACAUUAGAAUUAAGUUAAUCUUAUUCUUAAAAAUAGAGUAUUUAAACUCACUAUAAUUUAAGUUAUAAUAAUUGGGACAAUAACUCACUAUGUAGGAUGAAUUACAAAAAGGUUAUAUUAGUUAUGGUAGAUUUGAAAGAGUAAUUAAAAAAUUAGAAAUAGAUCCAAGUAUUUUAUCUGAAUAGGAUCUUAAAAUUUUAUAUGAGAAUUUCAAAAAUUAAGAUGAUACUUUUGAUUAUAAAAAGUUUUUAAAUCAUCUUAAAUCAUUCUAAUUGAAAGAGGAAGUUUAUGACGAUCCUUAUUCAAAUAAAAAUUAAGAACCUGUUGAUAAAAAAUAAUUAUUAUUAAAAAGUAUGAAGUAUUAAGAGGAUUAACUAAUUACAUUAUUUGACAUUACAAGAGUUGAUGCUUAUUCAUUAGAAAAAAUGAAAAAUAAGACUAAAAUGUUAACAAAUAAGAUUUAAAGAUAUUUACCUUCUUAAACAAAAUUUGAAGAAUUUCUUAAGAGUAAAAUUUAAGGAGCUUAAAUUAAUGUAAAAGAUUUUUCACAUGUGAUUAUACAAUUUUUAGAAAGUGUGAAUGAAAAAUAUUAGAAAUAUGAUCUUGAAAGUAUGUUAAGUGUAUUAUAAUUUGGAAAAUAUGAAACAUAAUAAGCUGAUGAAAUUAUUAGAAUAUUAUUUAAGUAGAUAUUAGAUCAAUAAAUUUAGUGAAACUGAUUAAGAAUUUUAUGAUAGAGCUUAAUUGAGAUAAAAAGGACCAGCUCCUCCCGAGAAAGUAUCAAAAGUUGAUUAACCUGUUUAAGCAAUAGAAAAUAAGGAAUAAGACAUAGAAAAAUAAAUAUGUAUAAAUAAUUGAAUAGACAUAUAUAUAGAGUUUUAUAAUUAGGAUGUUGGAAUGACAUGGUAUGUACCUAAUUAAUCUAAAGAAUUAUCAGAUGUUUUAAUGAAAGUUGAAAAUUCUCUAUUCAAUAAAACAGAAAGAGCUUAUAAAUUAUUUAAAGAUUUUGAUAAAGAUAAGGAUGGUUAUAUUUCAUAAUAGGAUAUGAAAUAGAAAUUAGAAGAAAUGAAUAUACUUAAUGGUUAAGAAAUUGGAAUAUUAAUUAAUUAUGUUGACCCAACAAAUAAAGGAUAUGCAACAUUUAGUGAAUUUCAUGAAAAACUAAGAGCAGGAAUGACUAUUGUUGAUAAUGUUGGAAAUCAAUUAAUUUCAAUUAAUAGUUAACCUGGUAAAAUAUUUUAGAGUUCAGCUAAAGCUUUUUUACCUGAAUUAUCUAGAUUAACAGAAGAAUUUAAAAAGCCCUUUAGACCAUAAACUAAUCAUACUGAUGUUAGACCUGCAACAAGAUUUGGAGCAACUCCUGCUUUCAAAAAUACCUUUGAAAACUUUGUUCCUCCAAAAACAUCACCUAUGUUUAUGACUUAAGGGGAACGAUUUUCAAAAAAUAGAGAAUAAUUUUUAUAAGAUGAAAAGGCUAAUAAUAAUUAAAAAUAUGAAAAUAAAUUAAAUAGAAUACGAUAAUAUCAUUAAUCAAUUGAAUAAAGGAUUUAAUCAGCUUAAGAGUAGAGAGAUUAGAAAGAUUCAAGCAAUUUAAAAUCAAAAUAUAUGGCAUAAUGGACAUAUGAACAUAAAGCACAUCUUAAAAAUGAUUAUUUAUGAUUAAAAUAUAUUUUAUAAAUGGG